AUGAGAACUGCAAUCCUAUUACUGCUUGCUGCACUGCAGCUAAGCGCAGCAAGACAACCUGGGUUUAGUAUCCACGAGGACAUUCUUGCUUAUCCGCAGUUCGAAGUCGUCUUCUCUGAAUCCUACAUUCUCGAAGAGGAUGCCCAGCUGCUCCUCGACGGCGCCGGCCGCCACGAUCCGAGCGCUUACCAGAACAAUCCCGCUGCUGCGGCACCCACAUCAUCAUAUACUAACAAUGCACAAAAGGCAAGAGCCGGCCAAAAUGGCGUACACCCUGGCGACGACGAAGAUAGCGAAGCCGCGGACGGCACCCAGAUCUCCGAAACCUUUGAAAUCAUGAACAUCCCCCCCUCUCGUUACCUUUGCUCCGUCCCCGUUUUGGCGCCCCCACCACCACCGAACCAGACCGCGGCCGAGCUGGCCCGUGCCGGAGAAGCCCGUGAAUUGGCUCGCAUGUCUGGCCGCGGCGUCGACAUCAUCAGCACGCUCGAGGGAGAGUGCUUAUACUACAUAUCUGGAUGGUGGAGCUACAGCUUUUGCUACGGCAAGGAGAUUGUGCAGUUUCACGCGCUGACGACCAAGACGGGGAAGCCCGUGAAAGAUCCCCACAGCCAAGACUACGUUCUGGGACGGAUGAAGAAGCGGCAAAAUGAAAACACAGCACAAGGAGAGGCCGAGGCGCACGCGGUACACGCCAAGGACGUGGAGGUACAGAAGCCGCUGGGCGGCUCUGCGUCGGCCAAACCAGGCGGCGACGCCUACAACACGGAGCUGCAGGUCAAGGGCGACCAGCGGUACAUGGUGCAGCGCUUGGGUGGCGGGACGGUGUGUGAUCUGACGGGCCGCGAGCGCACGGUCGAGAUCCAGUACCACUGCAACCCGGGCGGCACAAACGACCGCAUCAGCUGGAUCAAGGAGGUCACCACCUGCUCGUACCUGAUGGAGGUGCGCACGCCGCGCCUCUGCGAAGAGCCGGCGUUCCUGCCCCCCAAGCCCACCCGCGCCCACCCCAUCAGCUGCCGCCUCAUUGUCCGCUCCGAGGAAGAGGCCGUCCAGUGGCACCAGCAAAAGACUAUUGAAGCCUACGCGGCGAUGCGCGGUGUUCCAACGGCCGCCGGCGCCGAGGCAGAGGACCGAGAUGCCACGGCUAAAGCAGGCGAUGGCCAGGAUGGCCAGACACCGCACAACCAGGCCGGCAUCGUCGUCGGCGGCGUCACGAUUGGCGCGCGCAAGGCCCUGGGCCGCGGCCAGGACGGCCAGCCCCCGCUCAAACUAGAGGCGCCCAAGCAUUUUGGUGGCGGCAACGAUGCCAAGCUCCUCGCGAACAACGCCCGUGUCGUCAAAGUCCUCGUGCGUGCUGCCAGCAAGGCCAACGGCGGCGAGGUGGCCAUUGUUUCGACCGAGGAGCUCAAGGAACUCAACAUCCGCCACGACGUGAUUAAGGAACUCGUCGGGAAGCUCGUCAAGAUUGCCGACGGUCGUGCAUGGCGGCUGGAGGCGGUGGAGAACCCGGGCGACCCGGCACUGGAGAUCCGGGCGGUGCUGGAGCCUGAGGAGGGCGACGACGCCGAAUGGGGCGUGAGCAACGAUGCGACGGAGAAGACGGAGAAGACGGACGAGACGAAGGACAAGGUCGGGGACAAGAACAACAAGAACGACGCAAAGGAGACGAAGCAGCCCACGGACAAGGUGACUGUAACCGUCGAAAAGGUCGAGGGCGAAACGGACGCACCGAAUGCAGGCGGCGACAUCGAUGACGAGGGCAGCGAGGAAACAUUCAAAAAGGACGAGCUGUAA